GGCACUUAAAAAAUUGUCCUUAUAAAAAAGAGUGUGUAUCUUGAUUUUUGUACCGUAAAUGGUGUGGAGCUAGCCAUUUUACCCUGUGAACAAAAAUUCUCUGGCUUUGCUCCUCCCAAUUGUAUCUUCGGUUGUGAUAUGCAUGCUUCAAGUGGAUCGUUAUCUGUCGUUUAACGUGUUAGGAUUCGCCUUAAACAGCUAAAGUGCUAAACUUUACGCAGUUAUUUGUCAUUCUAUUACAGAAAUAGUUGCAGUUAAUAAGCGAAUGUUUUGAAUGACCAUUCCAUAUUGAUUCCAGUCAAAAACACGAUUUCGUUGCCACCUAAAGUUGUGAAUAUACCUGUACUGUAAACAAUCACAAGAAAUCCUUUGCCAGCACAAUUAUCUGCUCCCUGUCAGCAUUCGCUGGAUUUUGAUGAAAGUAGAGCUGGGGCGUCAACUUCAUAUCACAACAACGAACAUCACAAACAAACUUUACUAUCAAAGCAAAGAAAUGCCAAGUACCGGAAAAUCGAAAUUAGAAGAAAGAUAUUGCCUUUAUUCGGUCGACAGACAGGACACCACCUACUCCAAUGGCUUUGGUGCUUCUAUGUCAAGGCUAAGAGAACGGCUCUUUCAGAUGUGUGACGUUUUUGAGUACAUUGUAAAGUUGGACGAUGCCAAGGAAUCCAGAAUUUACGGCAGAGAUGUGCUGAAUUCAACUGCCAAACGAAUUUUGGACUUGGAAGCUGAAUUUCUAGGCUCGUUGGCGGAAAACCUUAAGAAUAUGGCAGACCCAAACUUGCCUUCCGAGGUCGACCAAAACAACGUGUCGGAGACCGUUGUUAUUUAUGCAAAAUUAACACAAGCCAUUUUAGACGAAAUCAAAGACUUCAAACGGGAUAUAAUCUACGAACUCCAGGAAAAGACAAAGGCCGAGAAGAAACUGUCGGCUGAGAAUAUUUCGCUGCGAGUUGACCUUCAGCGAGAACAAGCUGAAUCAAUGCAACAUAGGCAAAACCAUGGUUACGCCAUUGCUGAGAAAAACACAGCGCAUGCCACUUGUAGAAAGCUAGAAGAACAGCUGGAAGAGAGAGCAAAAGUAAUAAAGCAAUUGCAAAGGGAUGGCACAAUAGCACUUUGGAAGAGAGAAAAACAAAAAAUCGUGAGCAACAUAAACGAGAGGGAAGCUCGAUUAGAGAAAGAAUUGCAAAAAGCGAAAGAGAAUAUAGAAGAUUUGCAGAACAGGAUGCAAGACCGAGUCAAGGAAUUAACAAACCAGAUAAAGAUUUUGAAAAUGGAGAAACAGUAUUUUGGAACAGUCGUAAACAGCAAAGUUGCACAACGAGAAGAAAUAGAUCAGCUUCAACGUGAAUUAUUCCUCAAAGAUCGAGCAUUAAUUGUAGCUGAAGGAGAGAUACAAAGACAACAACAAUAUUUCGUCGGAUUUCUCACUGGCAUCGCAAGAGACUUCAGAUUGAUGAUGUCAAGGUCAAAUGUGGACGAAAGCCGGUAUAACAGAGAACAGAAAAGCUUUGCCUUGACUCUAGAGAAAAUGAUCAAAGCAGCCAAGGAAGGACUACUGUCAUCGUUUAGAGCAUCACUUCCUUCGCAUUAUCUUGGAAUUGGAAUUGUAAUUAAAGGCCUUCCUAUUAAAAAGUCAGUUGCUUCAAAGAGCACUGAGCUGCUACAGAAAUCCAUCACGGUUGAAAAUCUACUUAAUGACGAAAGAAUCAGAAAGCCAAGACUUAGCUCUGCAUUGAUAACCUGGCGAGAGGGCAAAAUGACUGCAUCGGAAAGAGCUCAAGAGCUUUUGCAAGAAACACUAAACCCUGUGAAACAUCCAGCACUCAUCGACACUUCAACUGGAUCUUUAAAUCUCGACCUAGCAAAAUCAACAUUUCCCGAAACAUCAUUAGCAGACAUCAGAGGAUUAUUAUCAAUAUUUAGACAAUUUGAUGUCAAUGGUGACUUUCAUCUGGAUACGCCUGAGUUAUUAAGAGCUGUUCCAGAUACUCUAGGACGAAUGGCCACAUCAGAAGAGAUUGCUGAAGCAAUGGCAGAAGUUGAUGAAGACAAAUCAGGGACGAUUGACUUUUAUGAAUUUGUCAACGUUUACUUGAUGUUGUCGAAAGGAGAAGGUAAAUCAGCACUGUUUAGAAAAAAGGCGCUGAAAGCCCUUCAGAAGACCAGCGAUAACUCCUCAAAUAUUUGUUCUAUUCAGUAAUCUUUAUUUAUUGUAAAUUCAAUCAUAUCUCAAUUAUGUUUUUCAUUGUAACCUUUUUUGUUGUCUUUUCCUUGUGUUCCUGGUCUCUCAACCUGUCUUUGCACUUGCACCCCGAAGGGUAUUCGGUGGGCUAUUGAUAAGCAGCAACUAUGAACAACACAGCAAUGCAGUAGAUCUAUACAAAAACAUGCCUAAGAAUUAAACAACACACAGAUUGUAUUUCGCGUCUUGUAUUUAAGAACUUAUUUUUGCCUGACAAGGCUCUCACUUAAAGGGGCAUCGUCCCUUGAACGACCGUCACAAGGCACCCCUGAUGGUAGGCAUACAAAAAUGAAUUCAUCAUCAAGUUGCCUUCGGAUAAGAAUCCAGGGUAAGAACUUUUUGACCUUGCAACUCAUAUGCUCCUGUUGAACAAGACCCAAAAACAGUCUGUCACUCGAAAUAGUAAGCUGUUCUUUACGGGAUUUACUUUGUGACAUUACUGCGGAAUUCCAUGUCAAGCAAUGCAAUUCAAUGUCACUGAUUCCUCGCUACUCUUCUGCAUUGCUAACGACCGCAAUUUAAGAAACGUUUCUCAAAAAACGCCAAAAGGGGACAAAUGAUAUAGGUGAUCUUUCAAAAAGUUGAUUAUCAUGACACUUUCAUGACUUGUGAAGCAAUAAAGGACUAAAUUUUGGGUCUUUGAUGAAUACCAAAAGACCUCUGGAGUAUACUCUUUGAUACUUGUCAAUAUACAAAGUACCCAUAAAUGGGUCACGUAGCAAUAUUCUAGAAUUUUUUUUAAUUUGUAGCAAACCUUCAUGAGGAUUUCAAACUAAAUAGCUUGCAGAAAUUUCCCUGCUCUAUCUGUUACUAUUUUAUUCGCGAGUUCUCUUCUGUGCUUCAACUUCUGUGCUAAAUAACUUUCCAUAUCAUAUGUGUAGCAUGUGCUUCCCGGAACUGAUUGUUAUUGUAUGUAAUUUAAUAAUGUCAUCGUUUCUAUCUGAAUCUUUGUACUCUGUUGUUUGUACAGUAUGUCUGUUGUUCUGUCUUGAUGUGUUGAAUAACAAACUGUGAUGUUGUAUAGAAUUAUUAGAUCUAGAUUGUAAAGAUCAGUUGUUGGAUUGAAUAUGAACAUAUGAACUUGUAUUUGUCUUCCUCGCUACAUAUGACAAUUUAUUCAUGAACGUUAAUUUUUUCGUUAACCUUAAAUAAUUUUAGUCACAAGGUCACAAGGCCAGUUGGUUUUGCUUUCUGGUGGCAGCUAGAUAAAAACUUAUCAAAUGUGGGGAAAUUUUAACAAGAAAGAAAGUAAAUGCGACAGGUUUCUAUAAAAUACAUGAUUAGACAUUCAACAGAUAAACUAAGAAAACAAAUUACCUUGUGCCGUUCACGGCUGGAAUAGACACGUGGGCAUCAAUGCAUUACGUAACUUAUAAACUGAUAUUGACACAGAGAAGGUUAGCCUGUGCCCCAGUCCACAAAUGCUGCAUUUGCAAAGGCUAAGAGAAGAUUGACUUCUGCAAUUAUCUGGAAAAUCUUGU